UCAUCAUCACGCGUGAUUCAAAAGCAUACACAUUUUCUUCUUCUUCUUCUCUCUCUCUUAAAACGCUCUUGACCAAACACGCCUUCAAUUUCGGUGGCUUCCAUAUUUAUCUCUUCUCACCAACUGUAAGCGAUUGCUUUCUAACCUCUUUCACUUCUUAGAUCUGUGUUUUCUACACAAGAAGACCCAACUCUCUUCCAUCCAUCCAUGGCGUCCUACUGGUGCUAUAGGUGCACUAGAUUUAUUAGGGUUUCAUCCGACACCGCUGCUGUAUGUCCUUAUUGCGAUGGUGGAUUCGUCGAAGCGGUUGACUCCACCCCUUCGAUCGACUCGCCGCGUCAUGUCUCCUCUCCAGUGCGGUCAUCGAAUCUCAGAUUUCGACGUGGUCGAAGGAACCAGGGUAACGACCGCCCUUCUUUUAAUCCGGUUAUUGUUCUACGCGGUGCGGUUGAUGGAGCCGGUGGCGGCGGAGGAGAAGAUGGUGGAGGUGAACGGAGCUUCGAGUUGUACUACGAUGACGGAGCCGGUUCUGGCAUUCGACCGCUUCCGCCUGCUGUAUCGGAGUUUCUAAUGGGAUCUGGAUUUGAUCGGUUACUUGAACAGCUAUCGCAGAUUGAUAUAAACGGUUUCAUGCGACAGGAACAGCCACCAGCUUCAAAGUCAGCUGUUGAAUCGAUGCCAAUUGUUGAAAUUGGUGAGUGUCAAGUAGAUUCGGAAUUGCAUUGUGCGGUGUGUAAGGAAGAAUUUGAGUUAGGUUCUGAAGCUCGUGAAAUGCCGUGUAAGCAUCUCUACCACUCUGAUUGUAUACUCCCGUGGCUAUCUCUUCGCAAUUCGUGUCCUGUCUGCCGCCAUGAGCUUCCUACUGAUGCCUCCUCAGUCUCAGACAUAGAUAACAUCCCCCGUGGGGCUUCGCCUGAUGGAGUUGAUCUGGGUCUUACCAUAUGGAGGCUACCCGGAGGUGGGUUUGCCGUGGGGAGAUUCUCAGGAGGGAGAAGAGCUGGGGAGCAUGAGCUUCCCGCUGUAUACACAGAAAUGGAUGGUGGAUUCAGUAACAGUGGUGGGGCUCCAAGAAGGAUUGCUUGGGCAUCCAGAAGAGAGACUUCUAGACGGGGAAGUGGUUUGGGCAGGAUAUUUCGCAAUCUGGUAUCGUUUAUGGGGAGGUUUAGAUCAUCAAAUUCCACUUUAUUGCAUCAUUCUAGGAGUUUGGAAUCUACCCAACCAAAUUCUAGUAUCAGUAGAAGCCACUCUCACUCUCGAUCAAUCUUCAGCAGAAAUAUAAGUCGAAGGAGCAGAACAUUAGUUUUGGAUUUGGAUGAACAUUAACGGAAUUGUCAGGUUGUGAGUGAGCCUGGUCUGAUGUUGUUCACUUUGAGCAUAUAAAUUGCAAAAUGUAGCAUAUAGAAAUUUAAGAAUGCAAUCCUCAAUUUUUAGAAUUUCCACAAUUCAAAUGACUGAGUGCAAGACUGUGGAGCGGUCAAAUGUAGUUGUUUACUCAAAGCAUUAAAGCUUGUGUCGAUCAAAACAUUUGGUUGGGUACAGUUUCUUCGAUGUUGAAACUGGUCCUUUUUAUGUAAUGUGUUAAAUUAUUCUUUAUUUUCUUUCCUGAAUUUGUAAUAUUCUUCAUUAUCAAGUACAUUUCAACAC